AUGAAGGUCCAUAGCGAGCGACAUCCUACCCUCUACUACGACGACGGCAACGUCGUCCUCUCGGGUCGCACCCACGAUGGCGAGCUCCAGUACUUCCGUGUUCACAAGUCCAUCCUCUCCCGACAUUCCCCCGUCCUCGCCGAUAUGUUCUCCAUCCCCCCACUCCUCGCCACAGGUUCCAGGACACACUUUGCGGAAUCCUACGACGGCGUCGUCCAUGUGCAGAUGCCUGAUACCGCAGAGGAGCUGAUCAGUUUCCUCACGAUGUUCUAUGACCCACUCGGAACCGCAUACAAGCGGUUCGACCCCAACACCCCUGUGCUCAUCGACGGCGCCCUCAAGCUCGCCAUGAAGUACGAAUGCGACGCCCUCCGCCGCCGGCUCACCGCCUCCCUCGAGGCCGACUGGCCGCAAACCCUCGCCCAGUGGGACGCGCGCCGCGCAGAGGCCGUCAUCCUCCGCUCCGAGCACUCCCUCCAGCUGACGGGCAAGGUCGACGGGCUCUACCUCGACGACCGCCUCCCCGAGCCCGCGAGCGCGAUCCGCAUCGCAAGCGACUACGGCAUCCCGAGCAUCCUCCCCGCCGCGUUCUACACGCUCGCGCUGCUCAGCACCGACGCCGACUGGGACGAGUGCCGCGCGAACCCCGGCAAGCACCUCCGCUUCGGCGCGCGGACCGCGCGGUGGCGGCUGCUCGACAAGCGUGACCUCAUGCGCCUCGUGCACGGGCAGAAGCUGCUCGCGGCGCACACGAGGGCGAUCGGGACGGACAUUUUCGGGCUGCGGUGCCAGCGUGGGGUGAAGGGGUGCACGAAGGCGAGGGGCGACUGCUGGAAGUACUUUCAGGAGAACGCGCCCAACUCGAUGGACGACCCCCUGGACAUCCUGCACGACUGCAUGCGCCUUGACACCCUGUUCAGCGAGCUUCCGUGCGCGGCUUGCACGGCGGAUAUCAUCGUCAUGGCGGAAAAGAAGCGGAGGGAGCUGUGGAGGAGCCUUCCCGCCGUUUUUAACCUUCAGUGAGUUCGAGCUGUUAGCCUUUGCGUUGUGUUUGCUUCAUAUUGUCUGCCAUAAUCAUAAAGAAUCGUGUACUUUUAUCAUCCACUUAUAUCUCACACUUCCC